AGCCCGAGGUCCAGAGGAGCAGAUACACAGACCCGGACCAGAGGGAACCGGACAGUUCCCCAACUGGGGACUCUGGAACCACAGCAUCUAAAUCAUCAAAUUCUCAAGCUUUUUUUUCCUCUCUUCGUCCCAGCCAUCCCAAUCGUCUUCUUCUUCUUUUUUUUAACUUAUUGUUUUUUUCGCCCCUUUCAUUAUGAAAGUGGUCACACCAUUCAAGAUUAAGACUUGGAGGGAAUUGGGGAAAGAAAAGAAAGAAUCUAAAAGAAGAGAAGCGACCGGUGCUUUUAAGGGUGCCUAAUUUUCAAAAGAGACGUCUGGCAGGAUUUUGCUCUGGGCGUUUGGAGCAACUUCGCUGACAGCGGAGCUCGCCCAGCAUGGAUGUUCCAGGUCCACGGGCGCCUUUCUUCUGAGAACGACCCUGGCCUUGACCGUCAGAGCGGGGGACAAAGGCCCGCGGAGGCUGCUGCGGGCCCCGCGCGUUCCUGCGCGCCCUUCCGCGCCGCUCGCGCCCCCGCAGGCCUCCGCCCCUGCGCGCCGCCUCCCACCAGCCCCGAUGCAGGCGCCGGGCCAGGGGCUCCUCGGGCUGCGGCUGACGAUGCCCUGGCGCCGGGGGGCGCUGCGCGAGCCGGGCGGCUGCGGAUCCUGCCUGGGGGUGGCGCUGGCCCUGCUGCUGCUGCUGCUGCCCGCCUGCUGCCCCGUGCGGGCGCAGAACGACACGGAGCCCAUCGUGCUGGAGGGCAAGUGCCUGGUGGUGUGCGACUCCAGCCCGUCGGCGGACGGCGCCGUCACCUCCUCCCUGGGCAUCUCCGUGCGCUCCGGCAGCGCCAAGGUGGCCUUCUCCGCCACGCGGAGCACCAACCACGAGCCGUCCGAGAUGAGCAACCGCACCAUGACCAUCUAUUUCGACCAGGUAUUAGUAAAUAUUGGCAACCACUUUGAUCUUGCCUCCAGUAUAUUUGUAGCACCGAGAAAAGGGAUUUAUAGCUUCAGCUUCCACGUGGUCAAAGUGUACAACAGACAAACCAUCCAGGUCAGUUUAAUGCAGAAUGGCUACCCAGUGAUCUCGGCCUUUGCAGGAGACCAGGAUGUCACCAGAGAAGCUGCUAGCAAUGGCGUGCUGCUGCUCAUGGAAAGGGAAGACAAAGUGCAUCUCAAACUUGAGAGAGGCAACCUCAUGGGGGGUUGGAAAUACUCCACAUUCUCGGGCUUCUUGGUGUUUCCUCUAUAAACACAGAGCCCCCUAGAUGGUGGGGGAAUGGCAAUCUGGACCCAGGAAUCCACCCUUUAAAACCCCCUGAACUUGCUGGAAUGGGGACACCUCGUUUCCAACCUCCGUCAGACUGUUGCUGUAGAAGAAUGAUUUCCUUUGAAACCUCCAGUACUUUUGUUUUUGUUUUUUGGAAUAUUGACAAUUCCUCGGGAACCUGGCCUCUAAUUAGUUUUAGAUGACAAGGUCUUAAGGAGAAAUGAAAUGAUCGAUUUGAGCAAUUUGUACCUGUGAUUGCAAAGUCAAUAUCGGAUUUUAUUGUUGGGACCGUGGACCUCUUUUGUGUGUAUGUUAUAUUGUUGUCCCAAUGGAAGGAGAGCUCCUGACUCCAGGAUGGACUGCAGGUUGCAGUCAGGGCUUGAAGCAGGAGCCCAAGAAAGAACCACCUGCCGGACGGUCCUUGACAUGUGUUCUGUGUGCGUCUGUAUAGCCUUAAGAAAAAGAAUGGCUUCACUUUCAUUCUGUAUUCUUCCCCCCACCGUGUGGAUGGGAGGACUUGGGAGGGGGAUGGGGACAUUGUGAACCUGUCAAGAAGUGCUUUAUCCAGAGAAGCAAGUUUUGCACGAUUGGACUGCAGCUUUUGUUUUGUAUUGUUUGUGUUUUUUCUUGAAUAGCUUUACUUUUCUUUCCACACUCAGCUCUCCCUCCUCAACCCCACUUUUAUUUUUCUUGCUGGGAUUGGGGAGAGAAAAUAUGUGUUGAAUUCCUGGAUAAGACCAAACAAAACAAAACAUUAAAAUACCUGUAUGUUUUGUUUUAGACGAGACCAAACCAAACAAAAAGAAUCUGUUUAUCAAAGUAAAAAUAACACAAUGUACAAUUCUGCUUAUUCUCUCAAAGAGAUUCUAAGAUGCACCUUUAGAACUAUUAGUAGCAACCUGGAUUUUUUUUAAAAUUUAUACUUCAGAAUCCUUUAAGAACCUGGUGUUCCUGGGUGGUCCUGAAUGGUAUAAGUUGGGAAUGGAAGCUGUAAUGACCAAGUCCCCUAAACAUACUGCUUCUUUGCCACGUGUGCUGUGACUUCUCAGCGGGUGUUUUAAUUUAUUUGGAUCCACCUCUGAGUGAGCGCACAGUGAUCAGGUGCUUCGAAGCCAACAGACCAGCUCCUCUUCCUCCGGAUCCUCUUUUGAUCUGCCCAGGAAAGGGAUGCCCUGACACUCUCCUGCAUGCACCUGGCGAGAAGCCACCUGGAAGUCACUGUGGUUAAAGAUACUGGUGGAGGUACCCCAGGAGCACUGUUACAAAUCCUUCUUGUUUUGGCACCUCUUACAACAACAUUAUUAAGACACAGCUGAGAGUUGAUGGGUGUGUAAUUCAUAUGCCAAGGAAAUGUCACUAAUCCCAAAGCAAUCAAAGAGGAGACCUCAAACCAGAUGUUAAUUUGUUCUUUGUGUAACAAUGUAACCAAAAUAUUGAUGAUAAAAGUCAUAAUUUAAGAUUCAGAAUAAAUGGGUUUGAUGUCUGGC